CUGGGGAAGCGCUUUAGGAUUAAAGUGGUCCAGGCAACCAAUCCAUAGAGCUUAGAAGCGAAAUUCCUACUUAAAUUUUCGAGUAACAACAACAAUAAUAACAACGUCCUUGCAUUCUGAGCACAUAUCCUUGGCAUCACAAAAACAAAUGGCUCUGCCGCAUCACAAGUUCAGCGCCGUUGUCCUGAGCCUCGUCCUGCUGCUGUCGCUGUCGCUGUCAGAGACGCAGUCAAAGCUCCUCACACGCUGCCAGCUGGCCAAGGAGCUGUUGCGUCACGACUUCCCGCGCAGCUAUCUUUCAAAUUGGGUUUGUCUCGUGGAAUCGGAGAGCGGCAGAAGCACAUCAAAGUCAAUGCAGCUGCCAAAUCAGAGCGUUAGCUACGGCCUCUUCCAGAUAAACAGUAAGAACUGGUGUCGCAAGGGACGUCGCGGUGGCAUAUGCAACAUCAAAUGCGAAGAGUUCCUCAACGAUGAGAUCUCCGAUGAUUCGCGUUGUGCAAUGCAGAUCUUCAAUCGUCAUGGAUUUCAAGCCUGGCCUGGCUGGAUGACCAAAUGUCGUGGUCGCACAUUACCGGAUGUCUCACGCUGCUAAGCUGCAGUUGCAGAUGCAGUUGAGAACUCGACGAAUUUAGUAUUUUAGCUGUUAGUUUUAAGUCUCGCUUCAUUUGCUUUCCAUUGCAUUUCAAUUCAAUUAUAUAAAACCUUAGGCGUAUGUCGUAUUUAUUUUAAGAUUAACUCUGUUCCAGGAAUUAGCAAAAAACCAGCGUCUCUCUCUCCCCUCGACUGCAGCAGAUAAGGCGACUGAUAAGUCAAGUGGGAUCAGCCAUAGUCACUCAGGUAUAACAACGAGUGCUCAACUGGCUGCUUAUCACUGAAUCGCCAACAACAAACCACAAAAAACAAUAAGUACAACACUUUAAAGCGCGGCGCAAACAGUGUGUCAAUAAGCAGAAUCAAUUCUCUCUCUCUCUCUAAAAGUUUUGCUCUUG